CAACCUGUUUGACAGACGUUUUGGCGGGAAAGCAUUUCUUUUUUUUCUUCCCUCGAAAGAGUUUGUUGCGUUCCACACUGCUUUCUUAUACGCGACGCGAUCAAGGUUUUUAAUGCACGUGUGAGUUGAUAUUUUCAUUGAAUUUAAUAUUGUGUGACACUGAUAAAAUGUCUCUUAAAAGUGGUAGAAUGGACAAAGAAAAGUGUUGUUAUGAUAAUUCAGCGUUUGUGUUGACGGAGAAAAAUGUUUGGAUGGGAAAUGAGCGUGCAGACGUCAACGGCGGGAUGGCAGACAUGGGCGUGUCACAGGCGGAGCUGGUGGAGCAGCGAGGAGAGGGGGGCCGCAAGCUGCCGCAGUAUAUAGCUGCACUGUCCGCUACGUUGGGAGCGCUAGCAGCUGGUUCCAUGCUUGGUUGGUCCGCGCCAGUGAUGGUGAAGCUAACAGACAACAGCACCUCUGACUACGACUUCCCCGUGUCAGUGGCGCAGGGCGACUGGAUCUCCUCCAUCAUCAACCUCGGAGCCGCCUUCAUCUGCUUCCCCAUCGGCCUCGUCAUGGACAUGAUCGGACGUAAGAAGACCAUGUUGCUUCUCGUAGCGCCCUUCACGCUAGGCUGGCUGCUCAUCACCUUCGGGAGCAGUGUCGGCAUGCUGAUCGCCGGCAGGUUCAUCACAGGUGUCGCCGGCGGAGCCUUCUGCGUCACAGCCCCCGCCUACACCAGCGAGAUAGCCCAGGACUCCAUCAGAGGAACUCUAGGAAGCUACUUCCAAUUGAUGAUAACCAUCGGUAUUCUCUUCGCCUACGCUGUCGGAGGCUACACAAGCGUUUUCGUCUUUAACAUCCUCUGUACCUGUAUCCCGAUUGUUUUCGGUAUCGUCUUCUUCUUCAUGCCCGAAAGUCCUAACUUCUUGGUCGUGAAAGGCAGGAAUGACGAAGCGAGAGAAGCGCUGAUCAAGCUCCGCGGCAGCAGCUACGACGUCGACUACGAACUGAGCAACCUGAAGGCCAAAGCUGAAGAAUCCCAGAGGAACAAGGUAUCUUACCUGUCUGCUAUUAAACAGAAGACUGCUCUGAAGGCUAUCCUCAUCUGCUACGCUCUGAUGUUGUUCCAACAGCUGUCUGGUAUCAACGCUGUGAUCUUCAACGCCUCUCAAAUCUUCGCUGACGCUGGAGCGACUAUCCCGUCCACUAUUUCCACCAUCAUCAUUGGUGUGAUCCAGGUGGUCGCCACAUUCAUCUCCAGUUUGGUUGUAGACAAGCUCGGCAGGCGUAUCCUGUUACUCCUGUCUGCCCUGGUCAUGUGCUUGUGUUCCACUGCUCUGGGAGUGUACUUCUUCCUGCAACAGACUCACGGAGCUGACGCAGACAUCGUUCAGAACAUCUCAUGGCUGCCUCUUGUGUCUCUGUCCUUAUUCUUCAUCGCGUUCUCCCUUGGUUUCGGACCCAUCCCUUGGAUGAUGGCCGGUGAACUCUGCCAGAUCGACAUCAAGGCAUUCGUCGGCUCGACAGCUGGUACACUCAACUGGCUGCUUAGUUUUACGGUGACCAGCACCUUCAACUCGCUGAACACAGCGAUAGGAGCCGGUCAGGUGUUCUGGCUGUUCGCCGGUAUCAUGCUCGUAGGGUUCGUGUUCAUCUUCUUCGUCGUCCCCGAGACGAAAGGAAAGAGCGUCGACGAAAUCCAAGUCAUGCUAGGCGGCCGGCCCGCCCAGAGAACCGAAGAGAAAUAAGGAACACAGACUGACGUACAUCACAUAGUAUUUUUGUACUGAGACUGGCACAGUCUGCGUGUCACAGUGCUUCGGUAUAAGCAAUAUUAUAAUUGUAUAGAACCAAAGAGUUACGAUGCAUCUACUAGAUGUACCGAUAUAGAUUAUGCGCUGCGCUGUAAACUAUUUAUUAAAAUUUGUUAUUGAAUUUAUAAUUAUUUUCAGUCACUGAGGCAGCUUGUACGAAUUUUAUAGGUGCAUACGAUAUAACUGUAGUUAGUGUACACUUCCAGAAGGAAUUAACGCGAUGAACAUGGUAACAAUAAUAGAUGUUAAUGUUAGUUAAGUGUGUGUAUACUCCGGGUUCCGUACCUGAAGUUGUAGUCCGGUAGUUCAAAAUAUCAAUAUCGUAGUACCUAAUGUAACUAUUGGAAAGUGUAAUUUAAAUCGGGUGUAUUGCAAUGAUGAAUGUGGAAUGGCAUAAGAGUGCAGUGAUCGGAACUCUCGGAUUACCUAUGUAGCGUUGAGUAACGUUUGUUCAUUGAUCAUCACACGCUAUAUAACAAAAUAAUUUUACUUACAAAUACAGCAACAGUCAAUAGAACAUUAUUAGAUUUCGAGAGACACUCAAAUCUUUAAGAAAUAGUAUAUAUUGUUUUUAUUGUUGAAUGUAUUUUACAGUAAGAUUAUUUUGUUCUGUGCAUAUAGCUAAUGUUAUGCCCAGUCUGUUCAGGCCAAAAGGGAAAAUUGUAGAUAUUAAAUCACAAAACAUUUAGAAUAAAGAGAACUGCUUGCCAUUGUCAAGUCUUAUAUCUGAUUGCCAUAAUGUUGAUAUUAUUAUACAUUUUACAACUGUAUAUAUUUGCUAACAUAUACAUGUAGGAAAACAAAUACAAAUGUGGGAUUAGUGAAAUUUUUUGCGAGCAAUUUGCUAAUUUAAUUAUUUUUUCUAUUUAUUUAUUAUAAUUUAAUAGACAGUUUUGUUGGUUUUGCUCAAUUAUCAGGAUUUAAAUGAAUUUGGAAUUAUAUGAAAUGUUUACAGAGAUUUUUUAGGAUUUAUUGAAUGCAUUUAUUUAUUGGAUUAAAUUAAACUAAUUAUUGUUAUACGAAUAUUUGUUUAUUAAGUUUACAUGCUAAUGAGUAUGGUCAUAUACAUACUUGCAUAUUUUUGUGGAUAUGAAAUAGUUAAUGUUCCUAACUAUUGAGUUGUAAGGGUCAGCCAAUUGAGAUAUGCCUACUUAAAGUUUUUAUCAUGACCUUCGUUUUGUCUCGCAUAUUGUAAGAAUAAUGUGGUUGUAUAUAUUGUUACUAGAAUAAGUUUUAUAGAGAUAAUAAAUGUGGAAAAUAUUUACUAAAA